AUGGCGCCUCCCUACUUUGACCACGUCCUGGAAGCUUACCAGGACAUCCACUACCACUACAAGCGUGGUUUCGACCAACAUGGCCCUGAACCUUACUACAUCUCCCGCGAGAUUAGGCGGCUAUCAGAGCUGCUACGCAAGCUGUACUUUGCAACAGCGACGUACAAUUGGGACCCGGGCAUCGUCAGCUGA